UCCCUCCACCGCGUCUACGCCUGACCGCCAUGGCUCCGCGAAGACAACCACAACGCCAGACACAGGUAGCUGCGUCGUACCUCGACCCAGAGGUCAUCGCAAAGCGCACGAAGCGCCAUCUCGACGAGCUCGAGAAAUCAAACUAUGCGGAACAGUCUGCCGGCCUUGAAGAUGACGACGACGCCCCGGGCGGCCGCUCCGUGAAGGGCAAGGCGCGCCAAUUCGUCAUCUCCGACAAACGCGAGUGGCCGGGUAUGCCCAAAAAGAAGUCGAGCCACAACGUCCGCACGGCCGUGCUCUACAAGAAGAAUCUGGAGAAGCUCAUCGACGAGUCCGGCAUCGCGAAUUACCCGCCCGAGGUGCCCACAUAUCUCAGUGCUGCAGCACCUCCGCCACGGGAACCUCCACGCCUGAUUUGUUCGGUUUGUGGGUAUUGGGGCAAGUACAAGUGCAGGAAGUGCGCAAUGCCCUACUGUGACCUCAACUGCGAGGGCGUGCACAACGAGACACGCUGCGAACGCCGGGUCAUGUAGGUCUGGCGACGGCAGCAUAUGCCUUGUCGCACAGUCGAGAGUUCCCCCCGUUGCAAGCUGCGGGAUGGACUGUUGCAGGGUUCACAUGACGAUAUCUCGAGGUGAUGAGAAAUCCCGGACGCCCACUCUGCGCGUUCACCAAGCAGCUGCCACCAUUCAAGAGGUGGCUUGUCUAUUGCGGCCGU